AUCAGUCGAGCAGCGGCCACACUGAACGCUAAAAUUAAAACUCCGAGUAUAGGUGGUUUCGCUCCUGAAAUUUCGGAAUAAUAAUGUUCAAUUGUGUCAAGUGCAAAAGCUAUUGAAUGGAACUUGCGUAUUUGCAUUGUGAAAAGUGUUUAUUUGGGCCGCGAAAUAAGCGAAAAGAAAUCAGAGUCUCUGCUGCGAAGACGAAUUAAAGGGGAGACGGAGUAACAAUGAGUGAGCGAGACGGAGCAGACCAGCGUGUGCGCUAGCGGUGCUCUUCUAACCAAAUAAAACAAAACAAAGGAGAGACAAAGGAUAGAAACCCCGAAAAAGGCACACUCGCACACACAUACACAUGCACUCGCUAGCAAUAAGAAGAGCAGUCAGCAGACGGAUUAACUUAAGCAAAUGUAGCUAAAUUAACAAUCAAUCAAAGGGUCCAAGGAUAUAGCCAGCCAAUCCGAACCGAUCGGUGGCACUCCACAUCGAAAGCGAAGUGAGGGGAACGAGAGAAAGAGCGAAAAGUCGUCGCCAAAUUGUGCAUGUGCAUGUGCCAGUGUGUGUAUGCCAGUGUGAGUGCGUGUGCAUAUGGGGUUGGAAAACUGUGAAAACUCAAACGCAAAAGUCUUUGGGUCUGAUUAACUCGCGGAAAACUUAUCAUCGCUGGGCAGGUGAAGCGAAGAUGCCGAGCGCCUCAUUCACAUCAUCGCGCACCUACGUGCGCCGCUCCCGCCGGAAAGGAGCCAACCGGAUAGCGAUGCCCAACCGGCCAACGGGCAACAUAAUGGACCCCAUGCUUCAGCAAAACGUGACCGCCGCCGGUGUGGGAGCCAGUGCAUCCGGUUCCAACAGUAGUGCCGCCGGUAGUUCCGGUGGUGGUGGCGUUGGCAACAACAACGCCAGCAGUAGCGGAAGUACUGGCGCCACAUCCACAUCCGGAUCUGCAGCGGCGGCAGCAGCAGCCGCCGGAGCUACUGCAGCAGGAGCCUCCAGUUCUGCAGAGUACUUUGACAGCGGCCAAGGAGCUAGUGGAUCCAGCGGAGCAGCUUCGUCGGGCUUCUCUGGCAGCUUUUACAAUGCCCUGCAAAUGAUGGACACCACUGAGAGUUCGGGCGCCGGCACCAGCCAGUCAACGCCACCGGCACUAGGAGCCUCCUCCUCCACCACCACUUCGAAGUCCACCUGCGCCACAGUCGGAUCAAGUACGGCAAGCACGUCCGCCGCCGCAGCAGCUGCAGCCUCCGCUUCUUCCGGAAGUAGUCACCAGAGCCCGUACGACUUGCGCCGAAAGAUCUCCGCCAGCAGCCACGAGCAAUGGCCCACCAGCUCAUCUUCCGCCGUGGCAGCAGCUGCCGCAAUACUCGUAGGACCAUCGAGCAGCUCACCGCCGCUGGUUAAUCCGGGUGCCUCGCCAUCCAGCUCCUCAUCGUCCUCCUCCUCUAGCUCGUCGUCUUCGUCCGCCUCGUCCUCGAGCUCCUCGUCCAAUGUUCAGGCGCCCUCGACCAGCGCCACCUUUCCGGUGAACAAUGCACCCACCACUGGAGCCACUCUGGCGCAGCCACCCAAUGUCCACAGUUCGGUGCCGCAACAGCAUUGUGGAGCACUGCCGGUUGGCGCUGCCAUCGAGGAUAAUAACUACAUGCUGCCGGCGAGGAAAAGGUCUCGACGCCUCUACACACAAGGCGGAGAGAUGGGACCGUCUGCGGGUGCCACAGGUGAAGCAGCCGGAUCUGGAACAGCAGCGUCCGGCGGUGCAGGUUGUGCGCCCACGGCGGCCCAGUACCUUCAGUAUGAACUGCCCGACGAGGUACUGCUGGCCAUCUUCUCGUAUCUUAUGGAACAGGACCUAUGCCGCCUGGCGCUCGUAUGCAAGCGCUUUAACACCAUUGCCAACGACACGGAGCUGUGGAAGCGACUCUAUCAGUCUGUCUUUGAGUACGACCUGCCGCUCUUCAACCCGGAACUGUGCAAGUUCGUAUUUGAGAAGCCCGAAGAGUCGGAGUACGCUAAUCCGUGGAAAGAGAGCUUCCGCCAGUUGUACCGCGGUGUUCAUGUGCGUCCCGGUUACCAGGAGCGUCGCAGCUCUGGCCGCAGUAUUGUGUUCUUCAACACAAUUCAGGCGGCUCUGGAUUACCCAGAAGAGCGAGCGGCUGCAGGAGUUUUUGUGCCAGCCGGUGCAGGUGCCGGCAAUGUGGUAUCCGCCGGACUGUCCAACACAAGUGCGUCAGCGGGAGUCGGUGGCGCCAGCGUUAACGCACUGGUCAACAUCUAUGAGGAGCAAGUGGCUCCGACCGAGCAUCCCGGACCACUGAUAUUCCUACAUGCUGGUCAUUACAAGGGGGAAUAUUUGUUCAUCGACUCGGACGUGGCACUUGUUGGUGCAGCGCCUGGCAACGUUGCCGAAUCAGUGAUCCUGGAACGGGAGGCCGGAUCCACUGUGAUGUUUGUAGAGGGCGCCAAGUACGCCUACGUGGGUUACCUCACACUCAAGUUUUCGCCUGAAGUCACAUCAACAGUAUCGCAUCACAAGCACUACUGCCUGGACAUCGGCGAGAACUGCUCCCCAACUGUGGACAAUUGCAUCAUUCGCUCUACCUCGGUGGUGGGCGCUGCCGUCUGUGUGGGCGGGGUCAACGCCAAUCCCGUCAUUCGAAACUGCGAUAUCAGCGACUGCGAAAAUGUAGGCCUCUACGUCACCGACUACGCCCAGGGAACAUACGAGCACAACGAGAUCAGCCGGAACGCUCUGGCGGGCAUUUGGGUUAAGAACUUCGCCAGUCCGAUUAUGCGAGAGAACCACAUACACCACGGUCGGGAUGUGGGCAUCUUUACCUUCGAAAAUGGAAUGGGCUACUUUGAGAAGAAUGAUAUCCACAACAAUCGCAUAGCUGGCUUCGAGGUUAAGGCCGGAGCCAAUCCUACCGUGGUCAAGUGUGAAAUCCAUCAUGGCCAAACGGGCGGCAUUUAUGUGCACGAGAACGGACUUGGUCAGUUCAUAGAGAACCGCAUUCAUUCGAAUAACUUUGCAGGUGUCUGGAUAACCUCCAACAGCAAUCCAACGAUCCGCAAAAACGAGAUCUACAACGGACACCAAGGAGGAGUGUACAUCUUUGGCGAGGGUCGAGGUCUUAUCGAACACAAUAACAUUUAUGGAAAUGCUCUGGCAGGGAUUCAAAUUCGCACCAAUAGUGAUCCCAUAGUGCGGCACAACAAGAUCCAUCAUGGCCAACACGGCGGCAUAUAUGUACACGAGAAGGGUCAAGGGCUGAUAGAGGAGAACGAGGUGUACUCCAACACACUGGCUGGCGUGUGGAUCACCACUGGGAGCACUCCAGUAUUGCGACGCAAUCGAAUACAUUCGGGAAAGCAGGUGGGAGUCUACUUUUACGACAACGGGCAUGGAAAGCUAGAGGACAAUGACAUAUUCAACCACCUGUACUCGGGAGUGCAAAUCCGCACGGGCAGCAAUCCGGUAAUACGCGGCAACAAGAUCUGGGGCGGACAGAAUGGUGGAGUACUGGUGUAUAAUGGUGGUCUGGGCUUGUUGGAGCAGAAUGAGAUAUUCGACAAUGCCAUGGCCGGUGUUUGGAUUAAAACGGACUCCAAUCCGACGCUAAAGCGCAACAAGAUCUAUGACGGUCGUGAUGGCGGCAUCUGCAUCUUCAACGGCGGCAAGGGUAUCCUUGAGGAAAACGAUAUAUUCCGCAACACACAGGCCGGAGUACUCAUCUCGACACAAUCGCACCCAAUCCUGCGACGGAAUCGCAUUUACGAUGGCCAGGCGGCGGGCGUGGAGAUAACCAACAAUGCCACCGCCACGCUUGAGCAUAAUCAGAUAUUCAAGAACAAGUUCGGUGGGCUGUGCCUAGCCAGCGGCGUUCAGCCCAUAACCCGGGGCAACAACAUCUUCAACAACGAGGACGAGGUGGAGAAGGCCGUAUCCAGCGGGCAGUGCCUGUACAAGAUUAGCAGCUACACCUCCUUUCCCAUGCACGACUUCUACCGCUGCCAGACCUGCAACACAACCGACCGCAACGCCAUAUGCGUCAAUUGCAUUAAGAAUUGUCAUGCUGGUCAUGACGUCGAGUUUAUACGACACGAUCGCUUCUUUUGCGACUGCGGUGCUGGCACCCUGUCCAAUCAGUGUCAACUGCAGGGCGAACCCACUCAGGACACGGACACACUCUACGACUCGGCAGCCCCCAUGGAAUCACACACACUGAUGGUCAACUAGAGAACCCACAACGGCAGCUAAUCCGCGGUUCCCACUAUAGCUAUAUCUUAAGUCGUUAAGGCCAAGCUCUCAAAUCUCUCGCACAUCUCACGCGUUGCUGUAAAUAUUCGAAAGAAACCCAAACCCAACAAGCAAAACAAAAAACUAUACACAAUACAAUUAAUUGUAUAUAAAUAAUAACUAAUUAUUCUUGCGUUCAAAAUUUUACUCAAUGUGCAAUUUAGUUUAACACGAACUCACACGCAAAGUUUUCACUUUUUAACUGAGCAUGGUACGGAUAAAUCAAUGCAAAAACCACUGAAACUUUUCCCAUUUAUGUCACAACGAAUGAACAACUAAAAAGGAGCAACACCUUAAAUACACAAUGCAUUUGUUUGUACGUCGAAAUGUAAACGAAGGAGGAGCAAAAGAGCCCUCUCGAAAACCCAGUGAAGAACAAUUUUGUAAUGUAGAUUAGUAGAGAUUUUAAAAGUACAUCAAUUAACAUAAACUACGUGUAGGCAUAAGAUAUAUUCAUAAGCGAUAUACACAUACACAGGCGAACCGAGUAAGAUGCCCCCUGACUAACAACAAUUCGAAGAAAGCAAUUCUAAGUAUUAACAACAAACUAGAUUAGCGGCAGCCAAUGCUUCAGCAAACUAACCUAUGAAUAUACGAGUAUAGUAAACACAUAACAUAAUUAUACAGCAGCACACUAUAAAUAUAUAUAUUCAUAUAUAUUCAUGAGAAUUCUACGGAUGCAGCACACGGACAGGAUACAAAAUCAAAAGCCUUUUACCAAGCGUAAAAUACCAAGCAAUAUUUCAUGUCUAAAUGUUGUAGAACAAAUUUGUAGCUCAAACUUAAACGAGAAAUAGAAACAAGCCAUGUGUCAUUUUAGUCCAGUAAGUUGAUGAAAGGUUUAGUAUUUAGUUUGUCUUCGGGCCGAGUAUUUGAAUUAUGCGAAUCAUUUUUAUAAUUUAAGUCUGUAGUAGCCUAGAUGUAAGUGAACGCAAAAACCAUAACUAUUGCAUAGAUGACAUUAUCCGAUAACUGCGUGUGUGAAUUAAGUAUUUUGUUUUUAUUGCCUUACAUUUUAUUUAUAUUUGUUUGCCCGUGUUUUCCGCAACGGUUCACCUUCGUAGGCCAUUUAUUGCUGUACGGAUCAAAUAACCACAUAAAUACUGCAUACUAUAUUCUAUAUUCAACUAUAUGAAAUAUACGAACAUCCGAUUGUAUUGUUUUACUAACAAAAAUUUAAGUGCGUCCUCGACGUGCGACUAUACUAUGUAGAAAUUGAUUUUAAUGUGUUACCUAUGCAAGCUAAUAACGUCGCCCUUUACUUGGACAAACAACUAAAUAUACAUACUUAUAUUAUAUA